ACGACAACAACACCACCCCCCCACGCAAGGAAGGCAAUGCAGACGUAGAAGGAAGAGCUUCACGAUGAACGUCGAUCGAUACUCGACGUUGGCUGCAACAACGACAGCGACGGAGAUACCACCCGAAAGUCAGAUUCCAUAGAGAAACAAACAUCGUCAAAAUAUUCGAAACAACACGGUACAAGGAGAGAGAGGGAGAGAAGAGAGAGAGAGAAACGGAGAGAAGCAGAGAGGCGUGAUCAAUCCUCGUCGCUGCUGUUACCCUUCUCCCCGUGGUAACGGGCAUUGGAAGGGCUAGCCUUGCCGCGGCGGCGAGAUAUUUCGCGGGCGCGCGCAUUUCCCGUCUCCGGGCUUCUUCUCGAUACCCGAGGGAAGGGAGGAGAGAUGGCGUGGCGUUUGAGGAAGGAGGCGUUGGAGGACGUGGCGGUCAUCGGAGGGCUGAUCGGCGUCCAAUUCGUCUACGCCGGCAACUCGGUGCUGCUGAGUUACCUGCUGUCGCUCGGCUUCAACCCGCUCACGCUCGUCAUCCUCUCCGCUCUCGCCACCUUCGUCAUCCUCUCCCCCGUGGCCGUCCUCUUCGAAAGGCAUUUGUGGCCUAGAAAGAUCGGCUGGAAGCUGAUGCUGCAACUCGUUUUGAUUUCCUUCACGGGCGUGACCAUGUUUCAAUCCCUGUUCCUGAAGGGUAUCAAGAUGACAUCUCCGGCCAUGGCCACUGCCAUGCCAAACCUUGCUCCGGGGCUGAUCUUCGUGAUCGCUUGGGCCAUCAGAUUAGAGAAAGUUAAGUGGAGCUGCGUGUACAGCAAAGUCAAGAUAGUAGGCACACUUAUGUGUGUGGCUGGUGCUCUGGCAAUGAGCGUAAUGCACAGUGCGGGAAAGAAGGAGGAUAAAUUUACCUCUGCCUCAUCAGACGUCGUCUUCGACAAGGAAAAGAUCAUAGGAUGCUUAUAUCUCAUGGGGGCGGUUUUCGUACUGUCGAGCAACAUCGUUCUGCAGGCCGUGACUUUGGGUCAAUUUCCUGCACCAAUGUCCUUGUGCGCGAUAACAUCCUUAAUUGGGGCGUUCACAACUGUGGCUGUGCAGCUAUUUGAAGAUUACAAGUCGUUGUUCAGUUUGCCACUUGUGAGCUUCGGAAGCGUAGUUGGAUUUUCACUACUGGCAGGUAGUGUUGGCGGACUAACGGUGAGCUUCAAUGGAUGGGCAAUGAAGAAAAGAGGGCCAGUCUUGGUAUCAAUGUUUAGCCCCGUUGGAACAGUGUGCUCGGUUGUUCUCUCCGUUCUCACCAUUGGUGACACCAUCAAACUAGGAAGCCUCGCGGGUAUGCUCCUUAUGUUCACCGGUCUCUACUUCGUACUGUGGGCUAAAGGCAAAGAAGGUUACUCACAUGGAGAUGACUUAGAAAGUGAGUUUGAUGCAGAGAAGCCUCUUUUAACUUGAUGCCUUGCUUCAUGAUUUGUAUUAUAAAACUCCCAUUCAUGCCCUGGUCUCUAUAGUUAGAACUCCUCGAAGAAAAAGGAGCCUUGAAUGGAAAUAAACCAUCGGGCAGUCCCGCAAUCAAUUCACGUUAGUGCAUUGGUCCCAAUCCACGGCCGAGUAGUUUGUUGCGCAAAAUUGGUGACUGUUAUCGUGGAUGUUAGGCAGUUGAAACAGUCCAUCGCUUGCACUUAGUCAGGAUGCAUAAUGAUCCUACUCGGCGAUGAACAUUUGCAUGUACUGUCUCAAGCCAAAGGAAUUUAUGGAUGGCAAAAAGAUUACUGUGAUUUGAAGUGUGGUUUUAAUCGUGUUAUGAGUUCUUGAA